UAAUAUAAUUUUAUACAUAUACAUAUGUAUACAUACCUCUACAUAUAUCUAUAAAUGAUUUCAUAUAUUUAAAUGGGCAUAAAAAAACAAUAUAUUGCCGGCUCGAUUGGCUCACUUGGCGGCCUAUGCCUGGGCAUGGUUUUGGGUUGGUCGGGACCAGCCCAAAUGCUAAUAGCAAAAGGGAAAGGAUAUAAGCGCUUUAAGCCCAGCGAUGCCGAAUUCAGCUGGAUGGCCGCGCUGGUACCUCUGGGCGCUGCUUGCACUUGUUUGCCGGUUGGCUUUUUGGCUGGCGUUUGUGGACGCAAAAUGGUGAUGCUGGCGGUGGUGAUUCCACUGCUGCUGGGCUGGAUCUUGAUCACUACAGCAACGCAUGUGAUAAUGGCGCAGGUGGGACGAUUCUUAACGGGAGCCUCGGUCGGGGUCUACACUAUACUGGUGCCCAUCUACAAUACGGAAAUAUCCGAAGUAGCAACGCGCGGCUUAAUGGGCUGCUUUUAUCAGCUGUGGCUCACCAUUGGCAUAUUGAUCAGCUACAUCGUCGGCGGCUAUGUCAGCUUACUGGUCUUCAACAUCUUCUCCACUAUCAUUCCCGCUGUUUACUUCUUGUUAUUCAUUUGGAUGCCCGAGUCGCCCGCAUACUACGUGCAGAAAGGAAAACUGGAUAAGGCGGAGAAGAUUAUUUACUGGCUGCGCGGAAAGAAUGUGGAUAUAUCCGCCGAUUUGAGUGCCAUGGCUGCCGAGGCUAAGAAGGAGAAGGUCAAUAUGCACGACGGUAUGUGCCGCAAGACCACCCGCAAGGGCCUUGGCAUAUCGAUCACGCUGCUCGCCCUGCAGCAGUUUUGUGGCAUCAACGCCAUUGCCUUCUAUACGACGAAGCUCUUUGAGGACGCUGGCGCCGGAAUAGCAUCUGAGGUUUGCACCAUUAUAAUCGGAAUCGUUGGCUGCGUUGCCGUCAUACCGUCCAUCCUGUUCAUCGAUCGUGGCGGGCGCCGUAUAUUCCUGUUUGUCGCCGCUGCCAUAAUGUGCGUCAGCCACUUCCUGAUGGGGGUCUACUUCCACUGGCUAAUGCGCAAGCAUGUGGACUGGCUGCCGAUAGUAGUGGUCUGCAUAUUCGUCUUCGCCUUCUCGAUGGCCUUUGGCCCCGUGCCGUGGUUGAUCAUGGCCGAGCUCUUUGCGGAGGAUGUGAAGCCGCUGUGUGGCGCUAUAGUUGGCACAUUGACGUGGAUAUUUGGAUUUCUUGUCACCAUAUUGUUUCCGAUAUGCUUGGAGCACAUGGGGCCGGCGGCAACCUUUUGGACGUUCUCAGCCAUCGCAUUGUUAGCCUUUUUGUUCAUUUUUGUUGUGCCUGAGACAAAAGCCAAGACUUUGGAUCAAAUCCAAGCAGAGCUCCAAGGCAAGCCAAAGAAUUAGACAGUCACACUCACAGACAGACCUACGAGCAGAUGCCCUUUAGUGAAAUCUUCCAAAUUUGGAUAAAUGCUGAUACAUUGUGUAUAGUAUAUACUUGUAUAUACACACCUCGGAUAGAUUAUCAGAUUAGUCAAGUUGUAAUAAUUUUCAGAGUCAAUAUAGCACUAAAUUCCAUAUGGAUAUUUUAAGCGUUUAGAGCAGAA